AUGCCGGUCGGCUUGGGGCGCUGGGGACUGUGGGCCAUGCUGGCGGGGCCGGUGGCGCGGGGCCGGCCGCUCCCUCCCUGCGCGGGCGCCGAGCGGCGCGUCUGCCUGGCCGGGGACACGGGCCAGGCGGCCCUGGCGCGGACGGCGGCGGCUCUCCGCGAGGGCGGGCUGGUGGCGCUGCCCACCGACACGGUCUACGGCGUGGCGUGCCUGGCGCAGAACUCCGCCGCCGUCGAGGCCCUGUACCGGCUGAAGGGGCGGCCCGCUGGUAAACCGCUGGCCGUCUGCCUGGGCGACGUCGAGCAGGUGCACAGGUACUGCCGCGGGCCGGUGCCCGAGGAGCUGCUGCGCGAUCUCCUGCCCGGCCCCGUGACGCUGGUGCUGCCGCGCUCGGACGCCCUCAACGCCGACCUGAACCCCUUCACGCCGCUGGUGGGCGUCCGCGUCCCCAACCACCGCUUCGUCCGGGAGCUGGUCAGGGUCUGUGAUGGGCCUCUGGCUUUAACCAGCGCCAACGUCAGCGACAGGGCGAGCAGCCUCACCGUCACGGAAUUCCAAGAGCUUUGGCCUCACCUUUCACUGGUCAUCGAUGGGGGGCCAACUGGAGAUGCCCUUAGUCCUGAGUGUCGUCUAGGCUCAACUGUGGUUGACCUCUCCAUCCCUGGAAAAUACAGGGUUAUUCGACCAGGAUGUGCACUUACUCAAACUGUUGAAAUCCUGGUAUCCAAGUAUGGGUUGAGAGCUGAGGUGUCUGGAGACUGAUAUAUUGGACCUUGGGGACACUGAAGUGCUGUCAGGCUUUUCCCAAUCAAGAAAGCAAAAUGUGACCUCUAUUAUUGUAAAGGGACUCUCCCUUAGGGUGCAUCCUUAAUGCUAUUGCAGCUUCGAAGAUUGUCCAAUUUGUGACUUUGAGGACUGUGGCCAAAUGACUGAAUUUCCUUUAAGGCUUAAAAGUGCAGCUAUUUCUGAUUGCCUGAAGCAUUUCUGCCAUCUGGUUUCUCACACAGACUAAAUCACUUUUCCUACUCUGUCUAAAGAAGAAAGCUUGUGUGAUCUGAAAACAGAUCCUCAAGGGAUCAUUUGAACAUCUGAAUAUGAACAAUUCAGUUGAAAACAUUGAGUAAUGUGGUUGAAUAUAGGACUAAAUAAAUGGGUAGGGCUAUCUCUGUUGACUCUUCUCAUACCCUAACAGUAGGACCAAUGUCAUUAAAUUAAAA